AUGAACGAUAAAUGGUUAUCGUUUCGUGGUCAUAAUAAGAAGGAGCGACUUCUCUUUGCCGUUUAUGCCGAUUUGGAGUGUAUACUGGCGAAGAAGACCACCGAUGAAAACAUGUCAAGAUUCUCCUAUCAACAUCACAAGGCGUUUAGCCUUGUGCUUAGGGUAGGGUACUACGUACGUUGUGUAUAUGACGAAACUAUGUCGAUAUAUAAAUCUUAUCGCGGUGAGGAUUGCGUAUCAUGGUUUGUCAAGGAAUUAUAUGAUUUGGCACAUCGCGCGAAAACGAUAUUCGAUAAGAAUAUGGCUAUGGCGGAGUUUACAUCAAACAUCGAAUGCGAACAAUUUCGAAACGCGACUCACUGUCAUAUCUGUGAAAGACCAUUUGAGGAAGGAGAUUUGCGCGUACACGAUCACUGUCAUUUAACCGGACGUUAUAGAGGUCCUGCACAUUCACGUUGUAAUUUACAGUAUAACGAUACGUACGUUAUUCCUAUAUUUUUUCAUAACUUGACAGGUUACGAUGCACAUUUUAUCAUAAAGGAUAUUGCUAAUAGUUUUGUGGGUAGAGUCAACUUGUUACCUAUAACGAAAGAAAAAUAUAUAUCGUUUACGAAACACGUCAAAGAUACAGCAAACUCUAAGUGGGGAAUGGACUGUUUGAAAUUGCGUUUUGUGGAUUCAUUCAAAUUUCUCAAUACUAGUCUCGAGAAAUUGGUAUCAUAUCUCGACAAGAAUAAAUCGAAAAUUAUACGAUCAGAAUUUUCAAAUCUUCACGCUGAGGAUUUCGAUUUGCUUACGCGGAAAGGAGUGUUUCCGUAUGAGUAUAUCGAUAGCGUUGAUAAGCUAAAUGAGACUAGUUUACCACCGCGUGAACUGUUUUAUAGUUCGUUGACCGACGAGACUGCUUCCGAUGACGAUUAUCAACACGCGACGAACGUUUGGCGACGUUUUUGCGUAGAGACUCUCGGUGAUUACAGUGAUUUGUAUCUCAAGACAGAUGUGCUUUUAUUAGCAGACGUUUUCGAAAAUUUUCGUGAUACGUGCAUUGAGAGUUACGGAUUGGAUCCAGCGUAUUAUUACACUUUACCGGGAUAUACGUUGGACGCUAUGCUGAAAUACACUGGUAUUCGAUUCGAAUUACUCACCGACAUCGAUAUGGUGAUGUUUGUGGAACGUGGUGUACGCGGUGGUUUGAGUCAGUGUUCACAUAGAUACGCGCAAGCUAAUAACAAGUAUAACGCAUCUUCGUACGAUCCUUCAGAACCCUCGACGUACCUCAUGUACUUCGACAUGAAUAAUUUGUACGGUUGGGCGAUGUCCGAAUCCUUUCCGUACGGAGAAUUUCAAUGGGUCGACGACAUCGAGCGCUUUGAUGUAAUGUCUGUGUCGUCAGACUCCGUUAUCGGUUAUAUUCUGGAAGUCGACCUUGCGUAUCCACAAAGCGUUCACGAUGCUCAUGUUGAUCUUCCAUUCUGCCCCAUUCGCGAACGACCUCCCGGAAAACGGAAUGUUAAACUGUUGGCCACUCUUUACGAUAAGGAGCGCUAUGUCGUGUACUAUCGCAAUUUACAACAAUAUAUUUAUCAUGGUCUCCGCAUCACAAAAAUUUAUCACACUGACAGCUUGAUUUAUCUUCUGGAGUGUGAGAAUGUAUACGAGGACAUCAAGCGUGAUAUCGCGAGAUACGACACGAAUGAUUAUCCUGAGAGAAACGCGUAUGAUAUUCCACGCGUUAAUAAUAAAAUACCUGGUUUGAUGAAAGAUGAAAAUUGUGGUGCGAUUAUGACGGAAUUCAUUGGACUCAGAGCGAAGAUGUACGCGUUGAGAGUGAUUGGAAAGAGCGAUACGAAGAGAAUAAAGGGUGAAAGAGUCAAGUCGAGACGUCAGUCGUGCAUACGAUCGACAUUUCACGAGGUCUACACGGUGUCUGAAUUGAAGCUUGCUCUUAAUCCAUACGAUGAUAAGCGGUAUGUCGUACCCGAAUCAGUCACUACUUUACCUUGGGGACAUUAUAAAAUACCUCUGUAA